UUAACAAUUUUUCAUUGUUGUUGAUGUUGAUAAUGAAUCAUUAUUAAUGAUCGGCCGAGGAGUAUUUGUAGAUUUUAAGUAUAAUAUUCAAAAUUAAAUAACUUAAUACAGCCUUUCAGAUAAAUAUUUUAACAUAAUACACAAUGGCACCGCCAUUUGUUGCUUGCCGUAUUUGCCGGAGCGUCGAAGGAAAGUUGAGAAACUAUACGGACAAUACAUUUUUAAUAAAAGCGUACGAAGAAUUCAGCGGAUGUCCGUUUGUAGAGUGGCCGUACAUGACAAAGUUCUGUCCAGAAUGCGCCUGCCUCAUCAGGAAGGUGUACAAGUUCAGGAGGAAGUGUAGAAAAUCCUACAAAUUUGUGAUGCAACAUUUAGAGUCAGGUAGAAAGAUCACGAAACAAUUCAUUCAACAGAGCGGCACAAGCCACCACAAGUCAACAGACCUGUCCACUUGGAACUGCCGCAACCCAACCAUAGACUAUACACACAACCCGAAGACUCACAAGACAAAGAAAAAGAGUGUGGAGGAGUCGGUUUGUUAUAUUAAACAUUUGACAGUGCCAAAGGAAACAGCAGCUGAAAUACCAGCAGUGGUCCCAGAGCCAAUAUACGAUGUCUACGAGCGUUUCUACGACUCCUCCGAUCUCGAAGAAGAACAAUUCAAACCCCGGCCUGAAGCUAAUGUUACUUAUACUCCAGCAAGCAUUACUAAAGCGCAAAUCUUGGACACUCCAGAAGAACCAGUAGUUUUUGAAGAACCACCAAUGGCAGUGGAACUCACAGAACCACCAGAGUUAGAAGCACCGAUGAUAGUGGAACCGGUUGAAGACCCGGUGACCUUGCCGGAGGAACUAAAUGUGGCUGCUAGUUUGUGUAAACCGGACUUGAUUGGGAAUGAAGAGGAGAUCGAUGUCAAAAUGGAAGAUGAUAUGAUCAACGACAUCUCGGAAGACCAAAUUGAAACUAAAAAGUUAGAAAUGAAACUGGAACCAGACCUGGACCCAGACAAUCUGACGCUGCUAGAAAUUAAGGCAGAAAUGGAACGAGUUGAAAAUUCAGGAAAGGAGGAAAAGAGAAAGAAGCGCGGGAAAGAGAGAGAGGACAGUCGAAUGUCAAAGAAAAGUCAACAGCUUCAAAAACGUGCGAGACGGAACCAGUCCAACCAGGAGCUGGAGGAACACUUCACCAUCACGCAGUUCCUCACGGAAGAGGAGCAGGUACAAGAGUUCCUAAAGAGGAAAAUGGGCGAGGGUUACUUGGAGGGCAAGUUCAAAUGCGAGCUGUGUCUGAAGAGCUUCAAGGAACAGAAGUGGAUGGACGCUCACAAGCAGAAACAUGAGCCGUCCGCCGGGUCCUACAAAUGCACAAUAUGCCACAUCCGGUGUCGAACCCCGAAGCUGUACCGCACGCACCGCGACUCCAACCACACGACCCGUUACUCAUGCAGGCGGUGCCAAUUCUUCACUUAUAGCAAAGCGCAGGCGCUAAAACACCACGGCUGGCACGAGGGCGUCGAGCACACCUGCCAGCACUGUGGUGCCACCUUCCGCAAGCACACAACGUAUAUGGGCCACCUCCGACGCGCGCAUCCAUCUGCCCACAUCUGCGGCGUGUGCGCGCGCAGCUUCGUCAGCGCGUACGGACUGAACUUACACAUCAAGGCCGUCCAUAAGGAUAUAAACAAGCUAGAAAACGACAGCACGCGCUGCGACGAAUGUGACGUGACGUUCGUCUCGCGACAGAUGUAUGUCAGACAUUUACUCAUCACGGAGAGACACAAGGAAAUGUCUAAGGAUAUAUUGGGCUGCAGAAAGUGCGGCGAGCAGUUCGAAAGCGCGGAGGAGAUGGAAAAGCACACGCACUAUAAGGAGAGGAAGUACGUUCGGAAAGACGCGCCGAGACGGACCAUCAAGUGUGACGAGUGUUCAGAAGUGUUUUCGCAUCCAAACGGCGUGUACCAGCACUAUCUUCGCGAACAUCCCGAUACGCCGUACCGGUUCGCGGUGAGACGGCACUAUCUGUGCGAGCAGUGCGGCAAGACUUUCAAGGUGAUUGUUUACAGUUAUCGCAGGUGUAUGUUUAUCAAACGGCGUGUACCAGCACUAUCUUCGCGAACAUCCCGACACGCCGUACCGGUUCGCGGUAAGACGGCACUAUCUGUGCGAGCAGUGCGGCAAGACUUUCAAGGUGAUUGUUUUCAGUUAUCGCAGGUGUAUGUUUAUCAAACGGCGUGUACCAGCACUAUCUUCGCGAACAUCCCGACACGCCGUACCGGUUCGCGGUGA